AACAUCAGGUUAGUCAGUCAGUGGCAAGAAAAAAUGGCGGAUGUCGAGUUGAACGUCGACAACCUGAUACAAAGAUUGUUGGAAGUAUACCACACGCAGAAAGACCAGGUUCAGAAGAAAGCCAAGCUAAAAGAUAUUUUCUCGUCGGAUUUUGUCGUCAGAGGAUGCCGACCAGGAAAGACCGUCUUAAUGUCGGAGGGAGAGGUGCGUGGCCUUUGUCUCAAGUCACGGGAAAUUUUCCUUCAACAACCGAUCCUGCUCGAAUUGGAGGCGCCACUUAAGAUCUGCGGUGAUAUUCACGGCCAAUACACUGACUUGUUACGGCUAUUUGAAUAUGGCGAGGCGAACUACUUAUUUCUUGGUGAUUACGUAGACAGGGGCAAACAAUCGUUAGAGACGAUAUGCUUGUUGCUUGCCUACAAGAUCAAAUAUCCGGAGAAUUUCUUCCUAUUGCGAGGCAAUCACGAAUGCGCAAGCAUAAACAGGAUAUACGGGUUCUACGACGAGUGCAAGAGGCGGUACAACAUUAAACUAUGGAAAACGUUCACCGAUUGCUUCAAUUGUCUUCCAAUCGCCGCGAUCAUCGAUGAGAAGAUAUUUUGCUGUCAUGGAGGUCUCAGUCCAGAUCUUCAGAAUAUGGAACAAAUCAAAAGAAUUAUGCGUCCGACAGAUGUACCUGAUACUGGCCUUCUCUGUGAUUUGUUAUGGUCAGAUCCAGAUAAAGAAGUCCAGGGAUGGGGUGAAAAUGAUAGAGGUGUAUCUUUCACAUUUGGUCCAGAUGUAGUAUCGAAGUUCUUAAAUCGUCAUGAUAUGGAUUUAAUAUGUAGAGCACAUCAAGUAGUCGAAGAUGGCUAUGAAUUUUUUGCGAAAAGACAGUUAGUUACCUUGUUUUCUGCGCCAAAUUAUUGCGGAGAAUUCGAUAAUGCUGGAGGAAUGAUGAGCGUCGACGAAACUCUAAUGUGCAGUUUUCAGAUUUUGAAACCAUCAGAAAAGAAAGCUAAAUAUCAGUACUUAAGUUUGAACACGGGUCAAGCCACUAGACCAUCUACACCACAAAGGAAUCCAGCCAAAAAGAAAUGACAGCCUUGUACUCGGUUUUUCCUUCAGUUAAGGAAGCUCGUCGAUAAGGCGACAAAAUUUUUGUUAAGGCGCGAACAUUAAGAGCAUAACAUUGUAUGAUAUGUUCUAUCACUAACUAGCGGUUAUGCCAAACAGAUGCAUAGCAAAGAAAAAAAACAAAAAAACAAAAAAAAAAAAAAACAAAAAAAUAAAAAAACAAAAGGAAUGAAUGAGACACGUAGUGAUAUUUGAUCGUCGAGAAUUUUUUGUGAUCGUUAAAGACUUUAAAAAAAGCAGGUUUAAUUUUUUCCUUCGAGUAUAAUUUCAAUCUAGCAUUUUAAGUAAUUAUUAUGUUGACUGAUUAGUAAUUAAAAAUAAUCGAUAGACGGCUCCCGAGUGCUUGUUAUGAAAAGUUUAAAAACAAACAAAAACAAAAAAAAAAGAAGUAAUUCUGACUUUGUUAAUGCUUUUCCAUAAGUAUUACUUUCAUGUUUUAGAAUAAAGUAUCAAGAGAAAUUAUCUCUUCCUUGACUUACAUCUUAAUAUGAUAAUUAAUAUAGAUAUUAAAAAAAAAAAACUUUUGUUUCACAUACAUUUCAUUUGAAUCAAGGAUCACUUCCGUGUUCUCAAAAUUAUUUAUAUGUAUCUUCUAAAUAUGAGUGGUCCUUUAAUUGCCAUUAGUAUUUAAAAGGAAUUCAAAUUAUCAUUUUCAUUUUAACUAUUUAUUGCUUCCAUGUUUAAUGUUCAGUGUAAUUAUUAGAUACAUUGCUGAUUACUCUUAAUAUCUUAAUAAUAUCAUUGCCAUUGCUUUGCAACUGAUUUAAUUAUUAUUGUUUAAUGAAAUGCGCUAUAUCAUGUACAUAGAUAUUCUUUCAUUUCACUUCAUAUUUUUUUCUAUUUUAUUUUUUUCUUUAAUCAUUAAAUCAUAUCUCUAAGCACGUUUGAAUACUUUAAUUUCUAGUAUUCGCACGUUUAAGAUAUGUUGUAGGAAUAUUAGAUUGUUAAUUCUCUAAAAACAAAAAAUAAGAGAAAAAAAAUAGAGAAUCAAUAUUUUUAAGAUGAUGAUUCUAUGCAGAUUAUUAUUACUGCAUUUAUUUGAAGGACAUAUACUCGAAAGAAAUAAAUGGGUAUUAAACAUUAUUUCAGAUGCAAAAUAUACUUAUUACAAAGUUGUAUUUAAGAAAAAGAAUCUCAAUCAUUGAGAGAUUUUAAUCUUGCGAUAAAAUAGGUAUAUAAAAGUAUAUGUAUUAAAUCGAUCUACGAAGUACCAAAUUAUUAAAAUGUAAAUCAUAUUUGUUAACGGAUAAAAAAGGAAAGUCCUCGGAUUUUGUCAUUUCUAUUUCACUUUCAGAUGUUUUGAACUUUAUUUCUUCAAAUAUAACUCGAUUUUUAGAUAUAUAAUUAAUUAACUGAUAUAAAAUAUAUUAUACAUUUAAUUCUACUUAUUAAGUAUUUAAAUAACAUAACAAUUAUAUGAUAUUUCAUUUUUAUUCGUACUUUAUAAAAUAUUAACUUUUUUUUUAAUUGUUUUAAGAAAAACUUUUUUUGCAUUAAUUACUUAAUAAUUAUCUGUUAAGUUGUGCAAUAUAAAAAAUAGUUUUUACAUAAAUGAAAAUCUAGAAAAAAUAUCAAAAACGAUUUGAUAUCGACGUGUAUAAGAGAUAAGUAAGAAUAUUUACCAAAAAUACAUGAAAAAUAAAAGAAUAAAUUAUUUGAAAAAAA